AUGGCUGUUCUCUUUUCGCAUUUCAACUGGCUCUCGCUUCAACUGCACAAUCGAAUCAACUGUGAUGCUGCGCAAACAAACAACGUAGCCUUCCGUCACCCGUGCUGCAAUCGAUUGCUGCGAAGAGUGUGCCGCAGAUCUGGAGCUCGCUGUCGGAACACACCCGACGCUGCCAUCAUCUCAACCCCGACUCGACCCAGCCCCGACUCAGGCGUCUGGCCAGCACAGAUCAUCACCAUGGCAGCAUCGCCGUCGCUGUCGAAUCGAGACGGCAUGGAUGUCGACACUCCUCCUUCCGCCGCGGCAUCAACAUCGGGUGUUACAAUCGAGGACCUGCUCUCCUCGAGAUCCAACGUAGUCUCUGCCACCGAUGCUGCCUUGUCUGCCCAACUCGAUGCACGCAAACUGGCCCGCAAUCUAGCCGUACCAACGUCGGAUCCCAAAGUGAGGUUGCGGCUGCGUCAGCUCGGCGAGCCCAUCACAUGCUUCGGCGAGCGUGAAAUGGACCGUCGCGAGCGUCUUCGCCAGAUCCUCGCGCAACAAUUGAGCACACAACAGCAGUCCGGCACUCCCACUUCAGGCGCGCAGUCCCAUGCAUCACAACAGAGCGAUAGCGACAGCGAACAGAGUCAGGACGAAGACGAAGAGUUCUACACCGAAGGUCCACCAUCCCUCAUACACGCACGCCGCAAGAUCGCUUGCUUUUCAUUACAACGGUCCAAACAGAGGCUUGCUCUCCAACGUACAGAGGCUACCGUUCCUCUCACCUCGAUCGUCAAACUACGCGCCAAAGUGUUCGAGCCCAUCAAGACCUACACCAACCUUGGCUCACAAAUCGGCGAUGACCGCCCCGUAUCCAUGACGCGUUUUGCUCCGAACUCGCAACUGCUGGCUACUGCGAGUUGGUCCGGCAGCGUCAAGCUUUGGCAGGUCCCAAGCGCCACUCACCAGCUCACCCUUCGAGCUCACACAGAUAAAAUAGGUGGGCUCGCGUGGCAUCCGCAAGCCACCUUGAUACAACCUGCUUCUGCCGUCAAUUUGGUCUCGGGCGCCGGUGAUGCCUCGGUAUGCCUGUGGAGUCUGGACAGCGAUCGUCCGCUAGCGACAUUACGCGGACACGAGGCACGCGUCGCAAGAACAGCAUUCCAUCCAACAGGUGAUUACGUGGCGAGUGCCUCGUUUGACGGCACCUGGCGACUCUGGGAUGUCUCCACCUCCGAGUGCCUCACCAUCCAGGAAGGCCACAGCAAGGAGGUCUACUCGGUCGAGUUUCAGGACGACGGCGCGCUUGUAGCUAGUGGUGGCUUGGACGCCAUCGGUAGAGUGUGGGACAUGCGCACCGGCAGAACGGCCAUGGUGCUCGACGGACAUGCAAAGGAGAUCCUUUCCAUCGAUUUCGCUCCCAACGGAUACCAACUCGCCACUGCAAGCGGAGACGACACGGUCAGGAUCUGGGAUAUGCGUGCACUCAAGUCCAUCUACACCAUUCCUGCGCACAAGUCGUCCGUCUCGGAUGUUCGCUUCUUCCGCUCGCUCUCGCAUCGCAAGCAGCCUUACUCGUUAGACGGCGAACAGGACCAAAUCAGUCGCAACGGCCUCUACCUAGCGACAUCCGGAUACGACGGAAUGGUUCGAAUAUGGUCGGCAGACGACUGGCAGCUUCUUCGUACCCUCAGCGGAGAUGCUGGCAGGGUGAUGAGCGUCGAUGUCAGCUCCGACGGCGAGAUGCUCGUCAGCGGCGAGUGGGGUCGCACAUUCAAGCUAUGGGGUUCACUCUGA